ACAACAUAACACCAUGACAAUACGGCCGCGUUGGUCAUGGGAUCUAUCGAUGAUCUCAAUGCGCAGACUUCCUACACCGAAGAUGGCUCGCCUGGCGCAUACACCACCCGCGAGCUGAUCCGCGACAUUCCUCUCAUCGGCGACGACGGCACCACAGGAUACAUCACAUGCGUUGACACGUGGAACGGAAACUUGUACAUUGGCACCUCCCAUGGUGCAGUUCUGCACUAUGUCUCGAUUCCGGGCGAUCACGAGAGCGAUCCGCCAGCGUAUAUCUUCGCAACCCGAAUUGAGCCUCACUUCACCACAGCCCAGACGGGAGCAGAUGCGGGCGUGAAGCAGAUACUCCUUCUGCCCAGCAUCAACAAGGCUUGCAUUGUAUGCAAUAGCACUCUAACCUUCUACAAUAUUCCAGAGCUCAGUCCUGCAUUCGAAGAGGUCGUGCAAGCUGGCUGUCUGUGGGUUGGAGGCCGAGACCGGAACUUGAGCGCGGAGGAUGAGAAUGGCAAUGGUGCUGUUGUCGUGAUAUGCUUGCGACAGCGACUGCGAUUGAUUCGAGUGGGAGAAGACUUCCGCCCACGCAAGAUCAGAGACAUUGAGCUCGCUGGAGUAUCAGCACUUGAGCGGCGAGGUGAUCUCGCCUGCGUUGCUAACGGGCAAGAGUAUUCGCUGUUAGAUGUCGUGAACCAGCGCAAAAAUUUGCUCUUUCCUAUCUCGUCUACGAGCGUCACUCGAUCUCCUCCCACUCCGCCACCGAAACAACUAGCCCCUCCGCCCCCUCCAGGACGACCUGCUGCGCGAAGCUUUUCCUCCCGCAGCCCUGUGCGCCAGGAUCGCGGCCAUCAACGGAUCACAAGCCUGGGCGGGCAGCCGCACAACAUGGACAGGUUGCGUUCAGAUAGUAACUCACCGUUCCCACCCAGGAGAUCGUCUCGUCAAGAGGCCGAUCCAGUUGCAGUGGCCCCGACCCCGGAGGCGAGUCAGGCCGUAAUCGAGGAGCCAGAGAGUUCUACAACAGCGUCGCAAGAGGCAUCGGACGAUGGCGCAAAAGCUCUCCCAGCAUUGCCUGCAGAGUCUCAGAGCCCCCCAACGCCAGAAGCCCCGAAACCUCUUCUUGCCAACAUCGUUACUCCAACGCCGGAAGAAUUCUUACUGACCACUGGCACAAGCAUGACUGAUCCUGGAGUGGGCUUGUUCGUCAAUCUAGAUGGCGAUGUCGUUCGUGGAACCAUAGAGUUCAGUUCCUAUCCUGAGUCACUGGUCCUCCAUGAGGCAGAGCAGUCUGCAGGUUCGCCCAAUGACUCGCUCAGCCAGGGUUAUGUUUUCGCAAUCGUACAGCAUACGCACGAGGGCAUUCUGCGAAGAUGCAUCGAGGUGCAGCGGUGGAAUGCGGAGCCCGGCGAGGUACAACCGAAGGAGUGGCUGGCUAUUGGACCAGUCACCGAGAACGACGCAGAUACUCCUUCAGGCAUUGGCCUACGGAAUGCCACGAGUACCGCCAACCUUCAUACCACUGGUAUAAGUAUGAGCCUGCGCCUUCGUAAGCUCAACGUCAAAGAUAGCGCGGACGAAAACGAGAAUUCCGCAGAGAAGGCACGGAACGAAGACGAAGAUAAGCUUGCGUCUCGCUUUGCGCAAGCCACCGCCAACGUACUUCUUUACGCUAGCGACAGAGUUUCCUGGAUAUUGCAAGAACCCUUACUCAUACAGCUUGACAGGCAGCUGAGCUCGGCUAUGCAGAAAAGCGAUGCAGGCGAGCUCUCAAUUGAUGUGCCGACGGUACAACGCGUGUUCAACAGCAUACGUGGACAAGAUCCGAGGGAUGAGCUCGAAUUUCUGACUCUGACCUAUGUUCGGCAGAAAGCAGCGCUAUUGCUGUUUGGCAACCUGGUCCUGCAGACCGCGCGCGGCGUCAUUGCCUACGAGCAUGACAAGCGACGUGCAGAAGACGCUCUGACGUCUGGCGAAAUCGAUCCCCGCAUCAUGUUGAUUCUAGUACCGCCGCUCAAUGAGGAGGUGGCAGAAGGCGCAGGUCUGUGGCUCCCCCAGGGAUUGCGGGACACUAUCGAUUGGCUUCGACAUGGGAUUGGUCUCAAUCAUCUUGACCGCGAUAUCAAAGGCGCGUACGGCGAUAAUAUGUUAAGCCUGACGAAGCGUUACUUGACAGCUUGGCGCAAGAAGAAAGGCUUUGGUAGUGUUGCGGACGAAGCGCACGUCUUCCAAACAGUAGAUGCUGCGCUUCUGAACGCUCUACUCAUGUUCGACCAGGACACGCCUCGAGGACCUGCGAUACCCGGCUCGGUACGAACUGAACUGUAUGGAGUGGUCGACAAGGGCGUGGAUUGCUUCGAGCGGGCUGUCCAGCUUCUCGAGCAGCAUCAGCGACUAUAUGUCUUGAGUCGCUUGUACCAGAACAAACACUAUCGAGACAUUUCCAAAGUGCUAGCCACGUGGCGUCGCAUUCUCGAUGGUGAACACGAUGCAGGCGGCGAGUUCAUCGAAGGUGAACACGUCAUGCGAGAAUAUCUCUCGAAAAUUCGAGACACCGCACUCGUCCAGGAAUACGGUGCCUGGCUGGCUAACAGGAACCCUAAGCUGGGUGUACAGAUUUUUGCAGACGAUUCGAGCAGGGUUCAAUUCGAGCCGACCCAAGCAGUGGCCAUCCUCAAAGAGAGAGCACCUGAUGCAGUCAAAGACUAUCUUGAGCAUUUGGUGUUUGGCAAAAAUCAUGUGCAAUACGUUAACGACCUCAUUGCUUAUUAUCUCGACACCGUUCUAGAAGAGCUCGAAAAGAACAAGGAGUCACGCGUCAUGCUCAAAGAAUCCUAUGACAUCUAUCGAGCUCAAAUUCCUCCCAAGCCCACCUAUCGUCAAUUCAUCACGGAGAAUGCCGUGGAAGCAGAGUGGUGGCACAAUCGUCUACGACUAUUGCAGCUUAUUGGUGGCUCGCAUGGUGCCGCCUCGAAGUACGACGUACAUACACUGGGCAAGCGAUUGGCGCCAUACAGCGCUGAGCUCGUUCCGGAGAUGAUCAUUCUCAAUGGUCGUGAGGGUAAACACGAAGAAGCGCUCCGACUUCUUGUACACGGUCUUGGCGACUAUGAUACAGCAAUUCGCUAUUGCCUCCUUGGAGGCAGCUCCAUCUUCCAUCCUUCGUCAGGUCUGGAGCCGACACAGCCUUUGCCGAGCAGAGACGAACAAUCGAUGCUGUUUGGCUACCUGCUUGACCAAUUCUUUCAAAUUGAAGAUUUCAGCGAGCGACUCGACAGAACGGCAGAGUUGCUCGAAAGAUUCGGAGGUUGGCUCGAUGCCGCUAAGGUAUUGGAGAUGAUUCCAGAUUCUUGGUCCGUUGAACUUGUGAGCGGCUUCUUGAUGCACGCGUUCCGAAAUCUAGUUGCCGAGAAGAAUGAAACAGUCAUUGUGAAGGCACUAUGUAGUGCGCAAAACAUCAAGAAGGCAGUAGAGGAGAUCGACCUGAGGGAGAAAUUAGGUCCUGUGGUCAUUCAAGCUGAGUUGGGCACAGAGGUCACCUGAGCACGUAGAGGUUGGCAGGAUGUCCCGGGAGGAAAUCACGCACAUUUCGGUGGCUGCCCUGCUUCGAGGAAGACGACAUGGCGCAAACACGCACUGCAAAGCUCGCUUCCGCGACACCGCAAGCAGUGUCUAACGCCCUCGCAUCGAGGUCCGAGAAGAUUGUGAAGUCUUUAAGGCACCAAGGCAUCCACACAGAGCUCGACUACACUGCAUUUAUCUACAGCUAUAAUGUCACGAUAGAUCGCCGAUCACUCCCAAAGCAAUCGCUUGGUCCCCUACACA